AUGACGCCUGUACCAAAAGUCCCCGCUUUCAGCACAACUCCGCCGUCGACCAAAUAUUGCAUCCUAUCAUAUCCAACACCAGAGAUACUGGUCGUUACAUUGAACCGACCGAAGCAGCUCAAUUGUAUCAGUGCAGAAGGAAAUGAAGAGCUAGAUGCCGUAUGGAAGUGGUUGGAUGCAGAGCCCAAGCUAUGUGUCGGCAUUCUCACAGGCACUGGCCGGGCUUUCUGCGCAGGCGCCGACCUGAAGGAAUGGAAUCAAGCGAACGCUUCCGGCAAGCAGCGCAAGAUGCCAGUGACUGGCUUUGGCGGUCUGUCACGCCGUCGCGGACGCAAGCCAGUUAUAGCAGCAGUCAACGGUAUUUGCUUCGGCGGAGGUUGUGAAAUGGCCAUCAACAGCGAUAUGGUCUUUGCUUCUUCGUCUGCUACCUUUUCUCUUCCGGAAGUCAAGCGUGGUGUUGUGGCCAUCGCAGGAGCCCUUCCUCGAAUUGCGCGUGUGGUAGGCAAGCAGCGCGCCAUGGAGAUGGCCCUGACUGGACGUGUGUUGAAAGCUGAAGAGGCUCGUGAAUGGGGUCUGGUCAAUCGCGUCGUUGAGGGAGAUGUGCUGGACGAGUGCGUGGCCGUAGCCAAGGAGAUCGCAGGAAACAGCCCGGAUGCUGUCAUCGUCAGUCAUGAAGGUGUAAAUCUGGCAUGGGACGGCCUGGGAGCAGAUGCAGCGACUGAAAAGCUGAUUGCAGAAAUGUAUCCGAAGCUGCUGCAAGGAGAAAACAUUCACGAAGGUGUCAAGGCCUUUGUCGAGAAAAGGAAGCCUGUCUGGAAGGCUAGCAAGCUAUGA